GUACGAUGAUAGGUCUUCAAAGUGAUCAAGAAGAUAACAAGGGAAAUAUAAGUCCGUAACACCCACGCAACCCCCGACUCUGAAGCCGUAAACUUCACCUGCCCGAAUUCUAAGUUGUUACGGCGAUAUUCAUCAACCCCAUCAUUAUGGCUCCAAUUGCAACCGCCGAUAUUACGACUGCCUCUGUGAAGCUCUUGCCAGAGCCGGAGAACGCCUUAGCCACAGCGCCCAAAGGCGAUUGGCGUGCAGAGCUCCGAGAAAAUGGCUACGCCGUCAUCAAGGGAGCAAUCCCUCGCGAAAGAGCCCUUGCCUAUCAACAGAAGGCACGCGAGUGGUUGAAAUCCUUUGGAAACGAUGAGCUGGACUACAAUAACCCGGAUACUUGGGUCGCCAAAAACCUCCCGGUUCAGAGCUCCAUCAACACUUUUAGCUCUUAUGCCAUUGCACACGAGAAGUUCAUGUGGGAUGCUCGCAUGGAGCCGGGCGUCGUGGACGCCUUUGCUCAGAUCUGGGGUACCGAUGAGCUUCUUGUCAGUUUUGAUAGCUUGAACGUCACCUUUCCCAAUCGCAAGGAUAUGCCGCGCAAAGGAGCCUGGGAGCAUGUGGACCAAAGCCCUCUCCGUCGCGGCACACAUUGUAUCCAGGGUAUCAUCAAUCUGUCCACGGCCGGGCCUGAGGAUGGAGGACUCGUGGUCUACCCCGGCUCCCACAAGUACCACGACGAGUUCUUCGACACCAAAACCGAAGCCUCGACUUGGGGUCCCAAGGACCUGUACUGGUUUCACCCUGAGCAGCUCGCCUGGUUUGAAGCCAAGGGUGUUCGCCCGCACAAGGUUUGCGCCGAUAUCGGAGACGUGAUCGUGUGGGAUAGUCGCACAAUUCACUACGGCGCUGAACCCACAGAGGCCAGCAACACCAUUCGAACCGUUAUCUAUGCCGCCUAUUCUCCUGCGAAGCUGGCUUCGUCUGAAACCUUGGAAAAGAAGGCAGAGGUAUUCAAGAAGUAUGGAGGAACCACGCACUGGCCUCAUGAUAAUGUUGUCAUUCGCAAAUACCAGACUAUGCUGCCCGAUGGAACACGGGAUCCGAGAGAUCGUGAGCAACCGCUGGAGCUCCCCGAAAUGACGGAUCGGUUGCUGAAACUGGCUGGUGUAAAGCCCUACUAA